GCCUCUGUGGGUGAAAAUAGACAGAAGAGAGGGGUUCUAAGGAAGGUCAGGAAAUGCCCAGCUGGGAAUGCAUGGAGUGGAAUAAUUUGGCUUGUGUCAAAGGAAACAUUUUGAUUUGACCUGAAAUGAAUGAGUUCUGGCUUGCUGAAGACUUUGUUUCACAUUUGCCAAACCCAUUUUAUUAUUGUUGUUGUUGUUGUUAUUAUUAUUAUUACUAUUAAUUUAGCACAAUCAAACUACAACCUGUUAAAUGGGCUGCUAAAAUUUUGAGGGUGAACCAUGUUUUUCCUUGGUUCAGAAAGUCCUUUCGCUGUGGUCUGCAUACUGCAUCCUCUGAGGCCUGUGUAGUUAAAGCAGUAGGCAUCCAUUUGCAAACUGCACUCUGGAGAACCCUUAAAUGGAUCGAUCCUCUGGGAUCUGGGGUGUACUGCUUGGUCUGGGCAGUGCCUUGGCACGUUCACGUGCUGCCUUUGUGUAAUAUCUGCACUGACACUUGGAAGGUGAAGUGCUUGCAGCUCUGAGCUUUGUGUCUGAGCUCAGUGUCACCACUGAAAGAAAGGCAUGGAAAGCCUCCCUGUUGCCCACCUGCACCUUGCACAUAGGUUUUGCUUUGAUUUGGCAGUAUCACCACUUACAAGCAUUUUAUUUACACUUUUGAAAUGUUUCAGGUGUGUAAAGACUUUGGUGAGCUGUGCCAGUCCUGUAAACCUAAUCUGCUGCCACUCUGCCAUACCUCUUAAAAUGGGAACUGCUGCAAAAUCUACAUUUUUUGCAAGGAUCUUGCUCUCUCCUCUUUUCUUAAGCCCUGAGACAAUACUCAAUGCUCAAAUGGCAUGGGCAAAGGAAACAAGCCUCCCUUGAAAUACGUCCUAAGGACCAGCAGCUCCUGGUAGGUGGUCUGCUGAGAGGAAAGGUUAGAUGGGCUGGUAGUAAGACUGCAAGCUCAGGAUGUAGGAGAACCUGCUUCAGUUUUGUUUCCAACUCUGGCAGACUGUUUCUGGCCAAGUCACUUAACGCUCUGGAUAAAGGGAGAAUGAUGGGCUUAAUUUGUGGGGCUCUGUGGGAGUACUUGGGUGAUCAUUUGAUGCAGUUAUGCUCACCAUGCUGACCUUCCCAGGGCACUAUCUUGUGCGUGGGUUAAGGGCUGGGCACUAUGAAGUACUGCGUUAUUACCUUGGAGAUAAUGUUCUCCCACAGUCAUUCCUUUUGAAAACUGCCUUUUCAAUAAAUGUAUGCAAAACUUAAUAAUCAUCAUAAUGAAAUACUAAAAGCACUAGACAAGGUAAAUCCCAAAGCUGCAGGCACCAAAAGUGAUAACUCUCCUCCCUUGUUUUCCCUCAUCUCCUCUUUAAAAGCCAAUUGUUUUUACUGCUGCAGAAAUGCCUGUGGAGAGUAGAUGCUGUUAAAUGCUGAAAAUUUACUGCAGCGACGUUGUGUACAUUUCCUGUGAGCAAAGGCUGGAGACCAUACGGUUGUUGAGGGAACAAUACUCCCUCCUCCGGUUAUGUAACUGAUGUAAUUUAUUGUAGCAAUGCACAUGAUGAUUUUUUUUACCAUUACUUGUCUGUGUGCAGUGUCAAUCUGCAUGAGUGAAUGGGACAAAGAAUGAAAGUGGGAUUCAUUCUUCAGCUCCCGGUGCUGCUGAGGGCUGCCCUGAGGACGGGUGAGGAUUUCCCAGAGUGGUGACAAAGCUGCCACCAACCUACAGUUCAGUGUACAGGUGUGUCCAAGGUCGCUAGGGUGUAGCACAACUGUACCACGUGGAAUAUCCCUUCCCUGACAGCAUGAAGGACUGUGGGUGUCCUCAUUUGUCCAGCACUAUGUAACAUAUGUUCGAAGCAGAGCUCUCCCCGGUUAGCGCUGGAGCAGGAGCAUUUAUCACUUCCACCAGUUAGACCACAUCUAAGAGGCAGGCAUCCAGAAGACAAGAGGCACCACCGAGGGGCCGUUUGUGAACAAACACGGUUUAAGUGAUUUGCCCCAUCUCUGCAUAGGAAAUUGGAGCAUCCAAAUGCAGUGUAAGACCCUGGAGCUCUGGAACAGUUACCCUGGCUGGACUGCUCAGCUUCGUGAGCCACCGUGCCCUUACAGAGGCAUCUGCCAGCUUUCCCACAUCUAAGGGAGAAGAGCUUCAUAUGGGAAUUCUGAGCCAUUCUCAAGGCAUGUCCAUUAUGACAAAGAUAACGAAGAAAGACAGAAAUGUGGAGGAACCAAACCAUGGAGAGCCGAAGGAUUUGUCCAAAUGAUUAGGUCCCCAAGUGUAUUCCGUGAGAGCCUUUUUGUUACUCGCUCAUCACUGUUGAACUCCCAGCAAUCCCUGAGGCUGGGAUCCUGCAAAGACUUGGUCAUUGUUGGCUGGAUUCUGAAGCCUUCUGUGAACAACGAGAAUAACAGCAAAUGGAGGGGGCAGGAGGACACUGCUGGCCCAAGCAGAACAGAAAGAUGAUACCAAAGUGUGCUUGCACCGUGCUAAGACUCCUGUAUGAGCUUGUGCAGAAACCUGGUGAUAAAACCUGACAAGAACGCCACGGAAUGUGCCCUCUGAAAGAACCCUUCAGAGUUGCAGCAGUUAAAAACCAAGCAAUAUUGCUCACAAGAACCAGCGAACAGAAAAAUGGGAAGCCUUGAUGUUGUCUGCUGUUCCCACACUCUUCCCACACUUUCCUCUCAGGCCAGCUUUGUGAAGAAACAAGUUUCUCUCGCAGGGAAAGUAACAAUUGAACACAGCAGGGAAGAGAGAGGUUUUGCAAUGUGCUGCAUGAAAUGAUGCAGUAUCACUCAACUAACAUCUGCUAAAACGUUCUUAAAUAGCCUCAUCUUCUUGAGUCAGCAUUUCUAACAUCAAUAAUUUUAUUGGUAAUAAUCAGUAAGGUCUGAGAUUUGCUGGAAGAGGAUGGAUGGCUGCACUGGGGGAGGAAAUCUAAAGAGCUUUGAAGUAUGCUGAUAGAAAAAAUGCUGAGGCAACAUCUCAAUUACUGAGUUGAGAAAUCUGCACUUCUUUGCAGUUCCCAAAUUGUUGGGAAAACAUGAGGAAUGCUGCCUUGAGAGGAAUUACUGGUGUUUUUAAUGCCAUCAGGCUCUUAAAGCUGGAGCUCUCCACAAAUGCUACAAUCCAGUGUAAAUCUAACAACAGACUUCAAUGUUUCUCUUGAAGAUACUGGGGCUGGCCCAUACUGCUAACAUGAGUUGCUCUCUCUUGCACUCCCUACGCUCUCAUUCCAAAAAACCUUUGAGAAGAGGUCUCCCAUUCCUGUCUAACAGGUCUGGGCAAAUCCAAGCCAAUCUUCCAGUCAAAUCCCUUCUAAUCCAGGCCACACAACUUUCCUUCCACCCAGGCAAUCCUUCCCAUUUCUCCUCCUCUUCUCAGAUGAUUGCACUAAAAAAAAACCUUGAGAAAUUGUGUCACAUGGUUAAAAUAAAUUAUUUUCCACUUUGAAAAGUGGAACCACACAGAAAUUCCAGCACAGGACUGACACAAGAUUAUCUUUCAGCUACUGAAGUGAUGUGAAAUAGUAGCCUGCAGCUGUGUAAGCAAAUUGACCAGCAUUACAGGAAUCCACAAAGAGGUCGAUUGUGAUCUGUGGCUUGCUUUGUGCAGGUAUUGAACUGGAUGGGAACUCACAUUUUGUUUCCAAGUGCAACAAAGCUGUGUUCACCUGAAAGACUGUGAUUGGAAGACUAAAUAUUGAUGAGAGACUGCUCUGCUCACAAACAGCACAGCGUAUGUCUGCUUGCCUCUCCACUCCCUCUCUCAGACCCCAAGCAGGGUGCUUUUGUCCAUGCUGCACUGUGGGAGCCGUUAUUAGUCAGGCCAGCAUCUGGUCCAUUUUAGGAGAGCAUCAGUGGCCUGGAGAGAAAUUGCCAGAGAACAUGCUGACAGUUAAACAGUACCGAGGAUAGCAGGAUCAUAUUGGAGCCUGUGCCUCGGUCCCAAUAGCUUGUGAAUUAUAGAUAUAUAUCCACUGUCUGAGAGCAAGUUAGGUUUGGAAGAGGAAGAAGGUCAGAAAGUAAGCAGUGAAAAUAUGACUGCACCACUGAGCUCAAGGAGAGAUGAGCUGUCCUUUAAAUUGCAACCUGCUACAUUUAUUGGAUUGCCUUUUGGACUGUGGAAUAAUGGGUAAGGUGAUGGAUUCUUCAACUCGUGACUGCCAAAAUAUGUGGAUAAGGCCAUAAUCAACAUCUUCACUAAGCUUAUGAGCUGAUGCAGAAGAUGUUUUGUUUAUGUCUGGACUGAUGUGUGGGUCAGUGAUAGAGCUGGGGUUAUUUUCACAGAGAUGAGUGUCUACAGCCUGUAGUGUCUAUGGUGUUUGUAUGGGCAGAGCAAGCCAGCCUCUGGGCUUCAGGUUACCAGUCUGGGGCAUAGCUUGCUCUCUACUAGGCACUGAGUCCAAGCUGGCAUGGAGGCAGCAGGCAACCAAGGCAAUAAAUAACAAUAUAAAUAGUCCUGAGAUAGCAUCAGAGAAAGUCCAUAUUUGAAAAACAGUAUUUUUGUGCUAACAUGGUUCUUGCAGAAGGAGGGCUAUCACCUAAAAAUAAAAUAAAAAAAAAAUAAAAAUUAAAAAAGCAUUGUCCAUUGGUUGUCCGUUUGUUACAGACUGAAGUAGGAGAAUCUUGUCUGAAUCCUGACUGGUUUUAAACCUUGGGAAAGUUAAAAAUACUUGGAAAGAAUGAUACUGAAUCAUGAAAGCCUACAGAGAAAGUUGGUAUGCUCACACUUUGACCAAAUUGUGCAUGCUUACACAAACACAUGGAGCAAUGUUGUAGAGUGUUUCUAGAUGCUGGAAUACAAGUUUAGUGUCUACAAAGAACAUGUCCUAUGUCUGACAGUCCACUUUGCAGUGCCCCGUCUUUGAAGUGAAUUCACAUGCUGAUAUUUGUCCGGUCAGUGCCUGAAGGAGUUUCAUUUUUAUCUUAAGGGUGGAUGAAAACAAAGAUCCUCAUAUAUAUAUAUAUAUAUAUGAGGUCACAUCUGAGAUUCUAAUGCAAGUGAAGAACAAACCCACAGAGAAUAUAAAAUCAGUAGCCAGCCGUACAUCUCUGAUGGGAGGCAGAAAUACUUUGGCUGGCUGAAAACCUGCUUGGUGGUCACUGUUUGCCCUCUACUCAAUCAAAUUGGAUGUUUUCAAGUACUGAAGCGUGUUGCUUUUUAGUGCAUGGAGAAUUACCAGGGAACCAAAGACUGGAGCUACCAGGAAACUGUAUAAUUGUCCAUUAAUUCAUUUGGUAGAAACUCGUGCUUUUCUGAAUGGCAGGUUGCCAGCACAUGGACAGUUUAAACGGAAAUGAUGCAAGUGACCACAUAUUUGUCUGGUUCUGUUGAAUUCUUGUGGUGGCCAUUGCAGGCUGGAGCCCAACCUGGCUUGCAAAAACCUGCUCACACAUGUUAAAGAAGCUUGGUCGAUGAUGAGCCUGUUCUCUGUGCUGUGCUACACUGUUUACUGAACCCAAUGGCUUAUUUAUAACUUGGGUAAGUAAGUAUGUAGGAACUGCCAUCCUCGCAGCUACUGCGGCUCAAGGAAAAAUCCAAGAAUUUUUAGUGGCAGAGGUGUUUUCUUUCUGCACCUCUCUGAACUCACUGGAGCCUGAACACAACUCAAAAGAAAUGCAGGAUCGGCCCUAGAGAUCUCAGAAUAAGGCUCUUGGUUUGAAUGCCUUUCCUUCACUAUCAGACACACCAUCUCUGGUUCCCAGAGACCCCUCUACUCAGCUCAGUGAUAAAAGCACUUUUUAACACCAAAGCUGCUGUGUUCCCACGCCUGUUGCUGUCAUGAGGGAGCCCAUGCUUAAACAAUAGCAGAGGAAUAAAGAAUAGCCUCGCUAAUCAAUAUCCUGCCUAGACGCUGAGUCAGGUGGCAGCCUGGGCCUCUUUAAAAUUCCUGCAUUGUUCCUGAUUUUUCAUUUGACUCGUGUAAAUUUUUAUCUUUAAGGAAAGAAAACACAUGGGACCAACUGUCUCUGCCUGCUGUGCUAUUCCCUUCCCAUCCACCCCCACUCAGUUUCAGUGUCUUUGUCCUAUGGUAGCCUCUACCAGAGGGGGAUGGAAAUAGGAUUUGCCGGUCUGGACUUUUUACUGAGCAUGAUAUCCUGUGGUUAGAAGAAGGUGGCAGUGGUUUAAGCGGGAUUCCCAUAGUCACAUACCUCUACAGGCCUUUGGAGAACUAAAUCUUUGACACCUAUAUUUCCAUGUGGGCUCCUGUUUAUGUGAUUGGUUUUAAAAUGGUCACAAGGACAGGCAAGAAUGCAGGCAGUUUCCUAGUAAGUUUUUUCAGCAGAUGAAUGUUUGGAGCCCUGGCAAGGUACUAGGACAGUCUGUGUGUGAACAGACAUUUGGAAAAUUGACAACAACAGUAUUUGCUAAAACAAACUGUGCAAGAUCCUAUAGCUCAAGCUCUUGAAUCCACCUCAGCUGUACUACAAGCACUUUCCAGAAGGAGAAGGAGGCUGGAGUGGCUUUAUGUAAUCUCUCAAUCUCACAGGACCUGCAGGCCACUGAAGGCUUUACUCAGCUCCUGUCAUAGCUCCGAGUCACCCUUGGGCUUCACUGGCCAGCCUGAAACAGGGAGCCGGUGGCCCUGUGCUUUCUCCUUGCCCUGGGCCCUGCAUCAAAGGCUGCCAAGGAGGAAGGCCAUAGAUGCCCCCAGGAUUUUCCUUAAAGCUGUCGAGUCUCUAAGAAAUCUUUGUGGCUCUUUGGCACUGCUUGACUCCUGAUGAAAGGCCCCAGCACAGAGGGAAAGCGUGGUCCUCACUGCGACGCCAGGCAGGAACUCUUGGAGCUGUAAAGGGAACUGGUAAGGGUUACACUUGCACAUGUAGAUACCAGAUAAGAGCUGACCUACCCUUCACCCCAAACUGAACUCCCUGAAGCUCAAACAGAGUUGGGCGACUGCUUGGGAAAACACUGGGGGAAACCUGCCAGACCAGCAAACUUGCAGGUCUUGUCCAGGGCUGGGAGCAGACAUGCUGUGAGCAACCCAAACUGAGGUGCUUCUGCUCCAGACAAAACCAGGAAGGAGCAGGAUUUUUACAAAGCCACGUGCUCUCAAGGGCUUGCUAGGUCACAGACUAAAUCACUUGAAGACCACUGACAAGGACAAAAGGGAGUUGAGAGUGCCCACCAGGAGCCCUGAGCAAGGACAAGGGCAGCAAAGCCCAGCUCCCUGUGGCCAGCACCGUAAGACCACUGCCAGGGUCUGAACAGCUGGUGCGGGGGCACCCAGACCAGACUUUCCCUUAGCAGUGAGCAGGGCUAGCUGGCAAGCUAACGCCGUAUUUGUGUCAACCAGCAACUUCUCUGUUUCCUCAGCAGCCAACAGCCUUCCAGAGCUCACUGCUUGCCUGUGCAAGCCAUACCCUGCCCACAGAGAGGCCAUAGAAAAUGGCUGCCAGACACAAGAUGGCGGGGAGGGUCACACAGGGAGGAGGCGGGCUGCCAUGGCAAGGCACAAGCCACCGCCAGCUUGCCUUGGCAGCAGGGAGAGAAACAGUUCUCAAUAAAUUCUUCUUCCCUUAUAUAUGUAAAUAUUUGCUUUUGAAAUUGCUAAAUUCUGGAGCAAUUCUGGGACAUUGAUAACGCUGAAGGGAGGGAGAAAGUCCAGACAGUGAAGGCUCAUUUCACGGGACGCACAGCACUGUCAGGUGUCAGGGGAAGCCUGGCUGGUGGCUCGCUCCUGCAGGCAGGCUUGCAUUCAGAGACAGGGAGGAUGGAGGGCAUGGCAUUUACAUUCCUGAUAGAGAAUGCACCAGGGGACCUUGCAGCCACCUGCCGCCCUACCCUUGCUGUAGGCUGGAACAUCUACAGCCAUGGCUGGUGGCCUUAGACAGAGUGCCCAGUGAAUUCUGACUUUCUGUAUUGGAAAUCUGUUUCUCCUGGGAAAGAAGGAUUCCCAGUUAGCAAUAUGCUUUGAUCUGUAACUCUUUUGGGAGUAUCCAGGGAGCGGUGCCUACCACUGUCUUCCCUCCAGCUGCUGGGAGGACCAGGGCUCCCAGUUGGUAGCAUCGUAUAGUGUGGUGAGAGCUGUCCCUGACAUUGAGCACUCACCACUAAUCCAUGUGCCUGCUCCCCUGGCAGUGAGCAGGGAAAGAUCAGGAAAAGGGGGCUCUGCUGUGCUGCUGUGCUUCCUACUGCUUGCAAGGUGAAAUACACAUUUGUAUCGAUUCUUGAGGAAUAGUGAAAGACUCUUCUUGCCCCUAGCAUCUAAGAAACAGAAAGCAUGGAUGUCUCAGAAGGCAUUUUCCAGCAAAGACACACCAAGAAGAAACAUCUCUCUUCUCCCUGUGAAUGUAAAUUCAGAAUGUCAAAGAACCAGCAAGAUACAGCAUUCCUUGUAUCUACUCAGUUUUCCUCAGCCUCACAAAGGCAGGGCCUCCUCAGGGAGGUCAGCUGAGGAUUUCUUUGAGACCUUGGCCUCUGCACUGAGGCUUCUGGUAAGGAUUUCAUUGGUACCAGCUGGGAAGGGGGCUGUUUGUGGCAACCACACCUGUCCCACAGGAAUAUAAUGGAGUCCUUUAGCUCACUGUAAUGGCUGUUGGUGCUUGCUGUGUGCUAGUGUGUUUGUAUUAAUUCUGCAAAUUGGUUGUUUCCCCAGAGCACUAUUGCUUGAGCUUCUGGAUAUCAGCUGCAGCAGUUCUGGUGGAGGUGCCCUUGUGAACCUGUAUGGGUUUCUUAAGAAACGCAGUGACCACUUCCAGUGGAGAUGAGCUGGCUGACUCGGCAGGAGGUUGCGUACCAAAAAGAGAAGGUGAAAUGUGCUGCCUGCCAAAGCAGCAGCUGGUGAGAAGGCGACUGGACUGCACAACAUCAGCGCACACAUGAUUGGUGGGGAAGCGCGAGCCCAGCUUCAAUCCUUGUCAAUGGCACCUCGUUGACUUUUAACACUUCCUUAUCAUGUCUGCACUCACCUCGUAGCAGUACUGAUAAAAUGCCAUCGCUGGUGUAAUCUCCUGAGCAGCUCUGCAGAAAACGCUGCAGAGCAUGAGAGCCUGAAUUGCCUGCAGCCGACAACUGGUGUGGGACUCCGAUCCAGACCACGGCAAGCAACAAACAGGGAUUCUUCUGCGACACUUCUCCAUAUGGGUUUUACUAAGGACCCCUGAAUAUAAAACCACAAGCAACUACUGAGCAGACAGUAAGAAAUGGGUGACUGGAGUUUCUUGGGGAACAUUUUAGAGCAGGUGAAUGAGCAGUCCACUGUCAUCGGGAGAGUUUGGCUCACAGUGCUCUUCAUUUUCCGCAUCCUGAUCCUGGGGACAGCUGCCGAACUCGUAUGGGGAGACGAGCAGUCAGACUUCGUGUGCAACACCCAGCAACCUGGUUGUGAGAACGUCUGUUAUGAUGAGGCCUUCCCCAUCUCCCACAUCCGGCUCUGGGUCCUACAGAUCAUUUUUGUAUCCACGCCUUCGCUAGUGUACUUUGGGCAUGCGGUGCACCAUGUCCGCAUGGAGGAGAAGAGGAAAGAGAGGGAGGAAGCUGAGAGGCGUCAGCAAGCUGAGGUGGAUGAAGAGAAGCUGCCCCUGGCUCCAAAUCAAAACAAAGGCAACAACCCUGAUGGGACGAAGAAGUUUCGCCUGGAGGGGACCCUCCUAAGAACCUACAUCUCCCACAUCAUUUUCAAAAUGCUUUUUGAAGUGGGUUUCAUAGUUGGCCAAUAUUUCCUCUAUGGCUUCCGAAUUCUCCCCCUUUACCGCUGUGGGCGGUGGCCCUGUCCCAAUCUUGUGGACUGUUUUGUCUCCAGGCCCACAGAGAAGACCAUUUUUAUUAUGUUCAUGCUGGUGGUGGCUUCUGUGUCCCUUUUCCUCAACCUAGUGGAGAUCAGUCACCUGAUCCUGAAAAGGAUCCGGAGGGCUCUGAGAAGACCAGCAGAGGAGCAGGUGGGGGAGGUGCCAGAGAAGCCCCUCCAUGCCAUCACAGUCUCCUCCAUCCCCAAGGCCAAAGGCUACAAGCUGCUAGAAGAAGAGAAGCCAGUGUCCCACUAUUUCCCUCUCACAGAAGUAGGAGUUGAGCCCAGUCCCCUUCCAUCUGCCUUCAAUGAGUUCGAGGAGAAGAUUGGGAUGGGGCCACUGGAAGAUCUCUCCAGGGCAUUUGAUGAGAGGUUACCAUCAUAUGCACAAGCAAAGGAACCGGAACAGGAGAAGGUAAGAGCAGAGGAGGAAGAAGAACAAGAAGAGGAACAGCCAGGACCUCAGGAAGAGCCAGGGGUGAAGAAAGCAGAGGAGGAGGUGGCAAGCGAUGAAGUGGAAGGGCCUUCAGCACCCCCUGAACUCGCCACUGAUAUGAGACCCCUCAGCAGGCUAAGUAAAGCCAGCAGCCGGGCCAGGUCAGAUGAUUUGACUGUAUGAGGGUGCAGGAUACGGGGAGCACAUGAAAAGGAAAAGGAGUAAAAGAAAAGAAGAGAGAAAGAAUCGAAAGAUAUUUUAAGCAAAGUGCUAAAUGGUCAUUUGAAUAUUAUUUCUGCUUGAGAUUCUCAACUGGAAAGGUACUAUCAUGGUAACUGUGCCUUAUUUGCCCUAUAUGUCCAUUUGAAAAAGAACAUUUUCCCUGUUUCCACAUGCCAGCUCAUUCCUUACAGUAAUAUUGAUGCUGUAAACAUAACUGAUAUCUUUUAAGACCAAAUGUAGCAGUGAAACCCAAAUGCCACCACUGUGAAUGUACUUACUGGAAGCUUUGUGUUCCAAAUUUUUCUAGGAACGUGGGGAGGAUCUGUCUCAUGAGCCAGCCAGCUAGGGGGACAGCUGAUAUACGACCAUAUCUACUAUUUCUCUUUUUGUUUUCAGCUAUUGCAUACUGAGCAGAUCUCCCCUUCACUGUUGGCAUGGAAUUGCAUUUAUUUAAUUAACAAAGUGAAUUCUGUGUUUAGCAUCACCACACUAUAACAGUAAGCACUAUUUCCCCUCUCUAUUCAGAAAGAAAAUGCCAAAAGUGUCCACAACUUGUUUAUACAUGCAAAUUUGGGUUAGGUAAAAAUAUUUUUCCUUUUUUCAAAAAUAUUUUUACUCUUCAAGUGAUAGUGACAGUGGGCAAGGAUAACACUAGCUCUCUUCUAGGAUUUAGCAGAUGCCCACAGAUGGAUUAUUUGUUCCCAAGAGGGUCAUCCAGCCCAAGCCUACUUCAGAGUACUGGGAAGAAUAAAUUCAAGUGAUAUAUUUUUCACUUGUAGUCCCGUGACUUAAAGAUCUGAAACUUGAUUUAGCAAAGCAAGCGUGGGAAGUUUUCUGUGAAAGGAGGGACAGCUACAGUCCCCAGAGCACGAAACCAAAUACAAGCCUUCACGGCACGAUCCUGACAUGUGCUCAGUUCCUGGAGCUCCCAGACUUACAGGCACUCAGCAAAUCUCAGGUAUGGUGUCCUGAAGGCACCUGUGAACCUAAACCACAGGUCUGGGUGACUGUGACAAUUUAAACCUCUGAAUACAAAACUGGUUGUUCGAGUUUGAAAAGUCUGAUAUGAUAAUAGUCUUUUGACAUCCUUUGUUUUUAAUUUGACAGACCGGAGCCAUCCAGUGGUCUACUUCAACAUAAAAGGCCAAAGUCUUGAAUAAAACAAGACCUUUCAAAAGAUCAUUUAGACCUCUUGUGCCAACAGGUCUGUGCAGAACUCUCAGAGCCUCGGUAAAUCUUUUUGGUUACAAAAGGCAGAAAAGCAUGUGCUUGCAAAUGUUUAAAUGUCUGUGGAUUUUUAUUUUUACGACUGCAGCAGCACCUUUGGGCUGGGACAGUGCAGCAGUACAUUUAAAAGCUUUAGGUUACCAGCUGUGUCCCUCCUAAAACUGAGCCUCAUGCCAGAAAAGUGCAGGUAUGCACUCUCAUUUGCUCUGCUCUGCAAACCUCAGACCCUGCCAGCUCAGCGAAUUCUUUCUGCUGGGCUGCAGCCCAUUCCAUUGUUCCCAGGGCAGGCUCUAAUCCAGGUCAGGAAAAAAAACAGUCUUUGGCACAAUGCAUAAAACUCAUCCUGCCAUUAGCUAGAAAAGACCCCUGCCGACUCCCAUUGUAGCAGGGCUGACUCAAAGCCCACUGAAGUCAAACGGGUGUCUGAGAUGGGUCUCGGGUGGGCUUGGACUCACACGAGCUGUCCUGCUCUACUGCGUCCCAGCCCAGGAGACCCCUGGUACAAUCACCUCUGUCACUGAUGUAACCUGCUCGGUGGAGGUCCCAUUCCUUGUUUCGCAGCUGCCAUGUUCUAGCACAAAGGUGGCUGAACUUCACUGAUGUGUGAAGUAAUAAGCUGUACAUAUGUAGAAAGUUUGUAGGGUGCAUUGGGAUUCUUCAGCACCAUAGCAGUGCCAUGUAUUUUUUACA